AGGGGAGGGAAGUACCCUUCAGCUUGGAGGUCUGAGAAAGCUGGCGUGCUGGGGAAUCAAUACAGGAAGCAGAGCAAAGCUUUGGUGUUUUGUAGUGGUCGGGACAGGGCUCUCGCUAGGCUCUGUGGGCUCGGCGCAGGGUCGCCCCCGGGGCCGAGGACUCCUGAGGGUGGGCCCCUCUCGGUCCCCGCGGCCGCGGGCUUCAGUGCGCCUCGCUUCCCGGCACCGCAGGGCCUGCCCGGCACCGGCAAGCAGGGUGGAGCCGCGGCGGUCUGCCGGGCAGCUGCGGGAGCUCGUCUCGCUCUUCCGCUUGCAGGUGCGCCCGGGGAAGGUGGGACGCGCAGGAGGGGGCGCCCGCCAUGCCCGGACCGCAGCUCCCCGCCGCGGCCUCCAGCCCGCCGCCCCCGCGGAACGGCCUGCCGCAGCCCCUGUGAGGCCGAGGAAGAGGCGGCGGCGGCGAAGGCGCCGCCCCCUUGGCGAGCUUCGCGACCUGGCGGCCUCCGCAGGACCCAUGGCGGAUUCCUCGCCCGCGCUGUCCCUGCGGGAAGGCGGCCCCCGAGCCCCCCGGCCCUCGGCUCCCUCGCCGCCCGCGCGCUCGCGCUCGGGCUCGGAAUCCGAGGAGGCCGAGCUGUCGCUGAGCCUGGCCCGCACCAAGACCCGCUCGUACGGCAGCACUGCCAGCGUGCGGGCGCCGCUGGGCGCCGGCGUCAUCGAGCGCCAUGUGGAGCACCGGGUCCGCGCCGGCGACACGCUACAGGGCAUCGCGCUCAAAUACGGAGUCACGAUGGAGCAGAUUAAAAGGGCAAAUAAACUGUUUACGAAUGAUUGUAUAUUUCUGAAGAAAACUUUGAACAUCCCAGUUAUAUCAGAGAAGCCUUUGUUGUUUAAUGGACUUAACUCAAUAGAUUCUCCAGAAAAUGAAACUGUUGAUAGCAGUUUUUCUCAUGAAGAAGAGCCAGCAGCAGCUGGAGAAGACCUCUCUCCUUCCAGUCCUCAAGAAUCUGAUGUUCAGCCUGUACAACCUGAAGAAGUGUCAGCUAGAGAUUUCCUGCAGAGACUAGACUUGCAGAUUAAGUUGUCAACACAGGCAGCCAAGAAACUAAAGGAAGAGAGCAGAGAUGAAGAAAGUCCUUAUGCAGCUUCCCUCUAUCACAGUUAGAUGAUCAGGGACGAUAAUCUAACCUGGAUUAAAAGGUGGUUGGAUCAUGAAGAAACCAACAACUAAAGAUUCAAAAGCAUAUACAUCCUUAAAUCACAACCAAAUAGUUUCACCUACUGCAAUUGCACUGACAUGAUUUCCUCUGGCUUUCUAUGAUUUUAAGUCUUUAUUAUGGCAUGAGAGCAAAAUCGUAUCCUAAAGAUCAUCACUUUUGUAGGUGAUGGUAGUUUUUAGACUAGUUUUUGUAAAUACUAGUUAACAUAAAGCAUCAAAGACUAUAGACAUAUUCAAGCUGAAAACAGUGUUUAUCUUCUGAAAAAUCCUAAUGAUGUGAAAUAUAUGGUUGCUGUUUAAGUGAUGCUGAUUUUGCUAUGUGUUUAUAACUUAAGUGCUAUAUAUAUAUAUUUCGAUAUGUAUUGCAAUAUUCUGUAUUAAUAUAAAGAACCAAAUUUUGUCUGCUAUUUUGUAAGAAUAAACUACAAAUCCUGAAUGAGAAAAUAAACUAUGUUUUCAUA